GUCUGUUCAUGACUUUGCGUUUGAAAGGACGUGUGAGAGCGUCACGGACCCGCGCGCACAGUUACAACAAAAACAAACAGCAACAAAGGUGAAAAUUUAUGGUGGAAAACAAUCAAUUACAACUAAUUUUGUGGAAUUUUGAUAAACGUUAAUGCGUAAAAGUUACUUUGCCGUUACAGACGUGCUAGAAACAUAAGUGAAGAAAAAAACAUACAGUGAGCAAAACGUGGAACUCGUGGUAAAAAAAACAACGCGACAUAAGUAAUGUGCGUGGAAAAUUGACGAAUACUCGAAUAAACACGCAAUUACGCCUAAAACUGUGCAACGAUUUUUUUAUCAGAUUAAACGCCAUUCCGUUCCGUUGUGUGAAAACCGUAAAAACAACAAAAAAAUAUUUUCGUCAUUCUAGUACGUAAUGAAAUGUGCCGUUAUACGCUAUACAUAUAUGUAUUCGCACAUUUAUCUACAAUAGCAGUCAAACAAAGUCCCAGUGAUUUAGGGCGGCAAUGAGGACGCGGGCGGUGGACAAGCAGCAGACUACAACAGCAGAUAGUAAAUUGUAGUGGAAUGCACGAAACGAAAUACUACGCAGCAGAAAAAUUAUGCUAGCUUCAUAUCUACACAAUAAAAGCACGCAACUACACAAACAAAAACACUUAGCCAACAAAACACACCAAACCAGAUCCAUAAGAGAUACAAUAUUUGCGUUGCACGCAGGCGACAACAAGUACAACAACAACUACAAAAUGCUAAGCAAAACGCCAGAGCAGAAGCGACCUAUGCUAUGAGUCCACAUAUGUAACAAGGAGGCAGCGUAUUGGGAGGCAGCAGGUACGCGAGGUUUCGCUUCAUUUGUUUGCUUUCGGAGAGUAAGAAAAAUAUAUAAAGAGUGCAAGCGAAAAAGAGAGUGAAAAUUAAGAGUAGUCAUUCAAUAUAUGCCUGCAAGUGUCAUAUAAGCUGCAGCACCAGCUCUUUAUGUGCAGCAACAACAAUACUGCAUGAGCACGAAAUUUUUGUUAUUCUUGUGCUCAAUGAGGUCAUGUCGCGCUUUGAUAAUGCACAAUGAAUCAAAACAAAACAGCCAGAAAUAACCGCAGAAAAUACAAAACAUAAACUUAAAUGUGCUAGUGUGUGUGUGUGUGCUUUAGUUAAUUUAAAAUAAUUGCAAAAAAAUACGAAUAUCGAAGCAAGACUUUAAAAUUGUGCAUAAGAAGAAGCACAAAAGUGAUAAAAUUCCGUAUAUAUUACAAAGGUCAACGCCAGGUCAGGGUGUGAACAAUUCGUCCUGCUUUCUGGUUUCGUUUAUAUACCGCACUUAUGCUCAUACAUAUAUUCAUUCGCUUAGCCACCGCGUCCGCCCAGAAAGGAAGUGCCUUCCUUAUGCUGCUGUGUAUAGAGAAAAUCGGUAUGUGUUAGUUGGCAAAGGCGCCACCAGCCAAAGUAGGUGUAGACGCUGGCCGCGACAGAGACCGCAACGGCGCGAAUUGUAAGCGUAGUGAGCAAAAAUUAAGACACAGUCAGUAGGUAGCGCUCAUGAGCGGAAGCGUAGCUUCACUGGCCGGAAGUAUACAUGGAAAAUUGCACGAAAUAGGAACACGGAAGUUGUCAGUUGUUCAGUUGUAUCGGCGCGUUUCGAGUGGAAGGAGCCAAACUAAAAAUAUUGCGGAAUAUACUACACACAAGUUAUUGUGUAUACUUUAAAUAAGUGUUUCUUAAAUUGCAAGUGAAUUGUGUACUUGCAGCAAGCGUGAAAUUAGUGUGCGGCGAAUAUUUGCUAACAAAACCUCGAAUAAUCGUGCGUGCGUGUGUGUUAGUGUGUUAUUAUUGCUUGUUUAUUUUUUUUUUAAGAAUUAUGUGCGCAUACAAGCUAGUGUUUAACGGUAAACAUGUGCAGUUGCAAACGUAAAGUGAAUCAAUGUGAAAUUCGCAAAGCAAAAGUGUCAUAAAUUACUCAUCGAAUGAACUUACUAUAGUUCAGCGAAAUUUUUUCUAUACAUAUGUACACAUACAUACUUAUGUGCAUAGUUACAUAGAUGCAUAUGAUUGUAUGUUAAUAUUUAAGAAAAUGUGCGCAAAAGCAUCGCCUAUUUCUGGCGUCUAUAAUUAAGCCACUCACAACAAAUGUGUCAUGUGUGUUGGAGUAUUGCUGCAUUUGAAAUCAAAAUAAAAAAUUCUACCAAAUUAUUUGCCAAACAAGGAGCAUUAAGCAGCAAAACAUAGAACAAGUGUUAGCCACAAUAAAGCGCAAAGUUCUAUAUACUCAUGUACAUACGUAAUUGCAACGGAUUGUCAUAGUUUUCCAAUAAGAAUUGCGGUCUAUUUGUAAUACAACCUAAAAAGACCAAUAUCCUUGUGUAGUGCUACGAUUGUGCAUAGUAUUAAAAAAUGAUAUACAAGUUUUUACAUGAGAAGUGGCAAAAUAUUUUAUAAUUUGAAGCUUGUUAUAUCGAAAUUAAUUAAAAUAUACAAAAAUACUCAAAAGGUGGAUAUAAAUAUUGUGAAGUGUUAAGCAAAUUUAAACACAUAAUUCAGUGGUUUGAUAAAGUUCUGUCUAUAAUUAAUAUAAGAAAAAAUCGAAUAGCUUCGAAUUUUGUGCUAAAAGCGUUAUUAAAAAUUGUUCCUAAUAGAAAAUUGUUCAACGACAACCACAAAACUAAAAGACACAACCAAGCAUGAGUCAACACAUCCGCAGCAUGAAUUAAUAGUACUGUCUAAAAAGUUGACCUCGUUGUUUGUGCAAAAAAUGAUGAAAAAAUCCAUACGGAAAAACGAAGUGACGAAUACGAUGAUGCCAUUGAACGGAACUUGAUAUAUGACGGAAAGUGAAAACCAACCUCAAAAUUUGUUAUUUAACGAGAAUACAGACUAUUUCAGAACACACCCAGUUUCGCAGGCAACAUUAAAUCACUGAAUUAAGCAAAGUAAAAAUACUACUAAACGGAAUUCCCCUAGAAUUUAAUGCGCCAAAAAGGGGAAAUCUAAGUCAAUGUCAAAAGUUAGUCCAAAAGUAAUUAGCCAGAAUGGAUGUUAAUUGUGAGCGAUUGAUUUUGAGCGCCGAACACGAUCACCAGCACAGUCGCGUUCGUGUCGAUAUGCCGAGGCAACGACUUGAAAACAAUGCGCUGCGUGCAGAACGCGGCCGACGUUGGUCGGCGGCGGCAGCAGCGGCGCAGCGUACACAAAACUCCACCGAUACGGGAGGGGGAGUGCAAGAGUGGCGAGCUGCUGACAACAGGACGUUGGUAAUGCGCGAAAGCGAGUCCCACUGUUGCAGCGUUUGUAUCAUCUGCCGUCAACGAGUGGAGGAGUGUUGCGCGCGUUGUUGUAGCAAUUACUCACCUACAACAAUAGCCAAUUUUAAUGGCAGCAGUGUGCGACAAGUGACGCAGCAUAAAAGUUUACAUAGCAGAUGCACAACGAUUAACUCAUCAACAUCAUCAACAACAACAACAACAACCAGUGCAACAACACACGUAGCGAAACCCGAUUACAACGAUCGUCAGUUGCUCUUUGUGCAGGACAGUACUUGUGCAUGCGACGGCAAAUGCGUAGACAGUUGCAGACCUCGCUCAGUACAACUGCCGCCUGCAACAACACAAACAACUAAGCUAGUUAACGGUGAUGGCAAUACGUCAAAAUCACUGGCGCAGCAGCAAUCGGCGCUACCUACUAAGGAGACCGCAAUGGCGUUAGCGUUUGUGUGCUGCAACUGUCGACGACAAAAGCGACAAGGAAGCAGCAACAAUUUCUUGCACACCAACGAUGUGUCAUCUGCACCAGCAACUGCUUUGGGUACACCUUUCGGGGUAGCUGAUUUAUUGGCAGCAACAACGAAAACGACGCGACCACAUUCAACACCAUUACAUGCAGCGCCAAUGCUAAAUACAACAACAACCACAACAGAUUUAGAGUUGACAACAACAACUGCAGCGUUCACUUUUUCACCACCAUCAUCUUCAUCAUUAUUAGUUCAUACCACCUGUACAAAUUGCAACGAGCUACAUCAAAAAAACCCGGUUGCUGCAACAGCAAUAGCAACAGCAACAAGUAUAAAUUCGUCUGCGCCUGCGCCUACGCCUGCGCCUGCGCUCUUUGAUAAAGCUCUGCGCACUUUUCAGAUUUUAUUAUUGUGCAUCCAGGUACAACUUUUGCAUCCUGUACGCGAAAAAAUCCAUAGUUUUCUUUACAAAAACAAAAACAAUAGUAAUAGCAAUAGCAACAGCAACAACAACAACAAAGAAUAUACGACAAAUAGUAAUAUUAGCAGUAGACAUAGUAGAAAUUGUAAUACGAAUACGAAAUCCAAUAAAAGACAUGCAAAUGAAAAAGCACAACUGCAAAUGCCUGCGUGGCAAGAGCAGCCACAACAAAAACAACAACAACAACAACGUCCUCCACUCUCAAGACUGAUGCAACAAAUUCGCUGUAAUUCCUACUACAAUAAUAAUAAUAAUAAUAAUGAUAAUGCAAAUAAUAAUAUAAUGGAUAUAGUCAAUAGUAACAAUAGUUAUGCAAAUAUAUUUAAUACAUCACGAACCGAGCAACAACAACAAUACGCCAAUGCUAACGCCAACAAGACUAGCUGUAAUAAUAGAUAUUUAAGUAACGAUAUAUGCUCGCAACCGCAACAUCACAUUAGCUACCGUACAGUACAGCAAAAAUCACAGAUAUUACAACAACAAAAACAACAUGUACAUCACUAUAAUUUAAUAUUAUCAUCGCCAACAACACCACCAACAUCACAUCGACAAAAUGUUUUGCAACAGCAGCACAGUCACCACAAAGCGAGCAAUAUCGCCUCCUCAUCAUCACUACAAUUGCAAUUACAACAUUUGCGUUACUUCAAAAUGCCAAAUCUAACAAUUUUGUAUAAGUUACUACUUAUUCUGUCGUUCCUAUCACUAUUUCUGCCAUCGAUAAAUGCACAGACAUCACACGCGAUUGCGGCAUCGUCAGCGGCGUCGGCGCCUAGCCGCAAUGCUAUCCGCACAUCACCGGUGGCUUUGGGCCGCAACGAGACUGUAUGCCGCUCGUUAGAUAUACGCAACUCUCCCAGCGAAUUGAAUCAGUUGCGCAAUUGCACGGUCAUAGAAGGUUUCCUACUCAUAACACUCAUGAAUCAGCACAAUCCACAGGAGUUCACACAGACAUUUCCUUUGCUAACUGAAGUCACGGAAUUCAUCAUCAUUUAUCGGGUUCACUAUCUACGAUCGCUGUCACAAAUCUUCCCGAAUUUAAGCAUCAUACGUGGUACAACACUAUUUGAAGGUUAUGCUCUCAUUGUCUACUACAAUCCACAUCUGGAGGACUUGGGCCUCUCCAAACUAACAACCAUAUCACGCGGUGGUGUACGACUUGAGAACAAUAUCGUACUUUGUUAUGUGAAGACGAUUGCUUGGAAGCGCAUUGUAAACCGUGACGCCGAAGUAACUAUCGAGAACAAUAGCAAACUGAUUGAGUGUCCCAAAUGUCCGGGAGACACAAAGCCUAGCAGAGAAGAUGGCGUCGAUACAGAAUUGGCUUGCAAGGAAUUCGAUGGACAAAGACGUUGUUGGAACAAUAAGAAGUGCCAAAAGAUCUGCCCGGAUCGCUGCAAAAAUAAUUGCGUGGACGAGAACACUUGCUGCAAUGAGAACUGCCUUGGCGGUUGUUCGCCCAACAACUUAGACGAAUGUAUCAGUUGCCGCGAUUUCUCUAUCUACAACAACACCUGCAUUGAGAAAUGUCCCCCUAAUUACUUUAGCUACUUGGAUCGUCGCUGCCUCACAGCGGAGGAAUGUAUUGGAAUCGGUACGAAAUUCGAAAACAAUAAACCACAGAUUAUUGUGCCUUAUGACGGAAAAUGCUCAACUCGCUGCCCGAAUGGAUAUAACAAAAUCGGUUCAACGUGCCAGGCAUGCGGCGACAACUGCGUGAACAAGUGUGAUGGGGCGCACAUCGAUAGUGUGGAACGCGCGAAGGAUUUUACCGGUUGCACGCAUAUUGUUAAAAACGGAUUAACCAUAAGCAUUAAGCGUGGCGGAAAACACUUAAUGGAGGAGUUGGAAUCUGGUCUGUCAUCCAUUCAAGAAAUUAGCACAUUUCUAAAGGUACAAGGUACAUACGGUUUAACGUCAUUGUCGUUCUUCAAACACCUAAAGCGUAUUAAUGGCACUGAGCUCAGUGAAAACAAAUUUGCAAUUUAUGCGCUUGAGAAUAAUGAUCUCGAAUCAGUAUGGGGCGAUAACCGUACCGUACAUAUUGAGAGAGGACGCGUCUUCUUCCAUUUCAACCCAAAGCUAUGUUACAAUGAGAUUGAGAAAUUACUGCCGAUGAUGAGAGAAAAUGCAACGUUCGAUAAAAAUGAAGUGGCCACGGAUUCCAACGGACAUAAGGGGUCAUGUAACACAGAAUUAUUGAAUGUUACUGUGUCAAAGGUGUCGAGUCGUGUGGCGGUUGCGGAAAUCGAGAAUCCACUGGUAUUUGAUGAUAAUCGCACCUUCAUUGGUUAUCAGUAUUUUCUAAUGGAGGAUAAGUACAAAAAUGCCACCAAAUAUUCACAGCGCAUCUGUGACGACGGCUGGAUUGUAAGUGAUCCCACCAAGGAUAACCAAUAUAUCUUCGUAAAUCUGCAACCAUACACGCAGUACGCGUAUUAUGUUAAAACUUGGACCAUAUCUUCGGAGAAACGUAACGCACAAAGUAAUAUACAUCAUUUUAAAACCAAAUCUGCGCAACCCAAAUUCGUACAAAGCCUAAACGCCUACGCAAUAUCGAGCUCUAAAAUCGCUAUUACAUGGACACCACCCGCGAAUCCGCAAGGCAAUCUAACAGUCUAUCGCGUGCAUGCUACUCUUGAUAAACACAGUCAAGUCUUGGAUUCACGUAACUACUGCAAAGAUCCUGCCCAAAUAGACAAAGACGAUGAUACAAAGGAUCCUACACGGAAUAGCCCUGGUGGGGUGACGGAACCGCCAAACGCUGCCAAUUGCAAAUGUGAUGGUGAGAAAUCGCCAAAUCACAGCGACAUAGAUACCAGUGAGGCAACAAUUGUGGCUGGCAUUGAUUUCGAGAAUACACUACAGAAUUUCAUUUAUGUAAAACACACAAACGAUACCAAAAAGUCAAAACCGAAAAAUGUUGAACAAAAUAAAAUAUCUCUCACUGAAAUGGAUGCUAAACGACGACGCCGACGCAGUGAGGGCGAUCCCGAGGAUAGUUUUCUUGUACGCCACAUGCGUGCUAUCCCCGAUAAUUUCGAAAAUAUUAUACUUAAGACUACAUCUGAAGAUGGUAGUAAAGAGGAUGCGACCAUUAUAACCACGGUGACACCAAUUGAGCGAACCACACUUGGCAAUAGAAAUGCAUCGGGCAAUAGCGACAACCGUUUGGAUGCGACUGGUCAAUUUUAUGAGACCUUCGUACAAAAUGUGUCCGUCAACACUCUUAAAUAUGAAUUCACAAACCUUAAGCAUUUCUCUUUCUAUACGAUCGGUGUCGAAGCAUGUCGUGAGCCCGAAGAGGGCGCCACCGAGAAGGAAUGUAGUGAUAUACGCAUGAGGUUUGUGCGUACUAAAAAAAUGGAGGGUGUGGACAAGGUAGAAAAUUUGCGCGUUGCCUUAGUACAAACAAAUACAACGCGAAGUGAAGUGCGCAUAAAUUGGGAUCCACCAGAGAAUCCAAAUGGCGAUGUGGUGUCUUACACGAUUUCUUACAAGAAAUCCGAACAGGAUGCUGUGGAGGAGAAACGUUGCAUCACUGAAGUAAAUUAUCGCAAUUUGACAAAUGGCUACACGAUGCCGUUACCGACCGGAAAUUACAGUAUUAGAGUGCGCGCAAAUUCAUUGGCUGGUGAUGGUGUUUAUUCAGAAAUUGUUUAUAUUGACAUUCCGCCUGAAAAAUGGUCUGGAGCUUUGAUUGCCGGCAUUUGUGUUGGAGUCAUUGGUAUCAUCUUUCUGAUGGGUGGUGUAUAUUGGUACGUUCGACGAAAAUACGCGCCUCCAAACGAUAUCAAAAUCAUUCCCACCGUCAAUCCAUACUAUAUAAGCCUGCAAUAUGUGCAGGACGGCUGGGAGGUAGAACGAGAACGCGUUAUACAAUUAAGUCCACUUGGUCAGGGCUCUUUCGGUAUGGUAUACGAAGGUAUACUUAAAGGCUUAAACGGUACUGAGGAUACACCAUGUGCCAUUAAGACGGUCAAUGAAAAUGCCACCGAUCGCGAACGGAUUAAUUUCUUGAGCGAAGCCAGUGUUAUGAAACAAUUCGAUACAUAUCACGUAGUGCGGCUACUCGGCGUUUGCUCAGUCGGCCAACCUGCAUUAGUCGUAAUGGAGUUGAUGAAGUUCGGUGAUUUAAAAUCAUACUUACGUGCACACCGUCCCGAUAGCGUACAAAGCGAUGAAAUGCCCUUCAGGUACCGUGAAACUGGCGUGCAACCACCACCCCUGAGUCGCGUUUUCCAGAUGGCCAUAGAAAUUGCAGAUGGUAUGGCUUAUCUAUCAGCCAAAAAGUUUGUACAUCGCGAUUUAGCAGCUCGUAAUUGUAUGGUGGGUGCUGAUUUAACCGUGAAAAUUGGUGAUUUCGGCAUGACUCGAGACGUUUAUGAAACAGAUUACUAUCGAAAAGGCGAUAAGGGUUUGUUACCAGUACGUUGGAUGCCGCCAGAAAGUUUACGUGAUGGCAUCUAUUCCACUGCCAGUGAUGUCUUCAGUUAUGGUGUAGUACUUUGGGAGAUUGUUACACUCGCUUCACAGCCAUAUCCUGGUUAUUCUAAUGAUCAAGUAUUGCGUUUCGUCAUCGAGGGCGGAGUUAUGGAACGCCCAGAUAAUUGUCCAGACAAAAUUUAUGAAAUUAUGCAGCAAUGCUGGGAACAUCGCCCUUCAAAACGACCAUCGUUCUUCAAAAUUAUACGCGUACUUUUGGAUCAUGUGCACACAGAUUCCGAAGGUUAUCUUUCGCGCUUUCGUGAGGUAUCUUACUACUUCUCUAAUGAGGGUACGCAGGAACGUGAAAAAGAACGAACCGAGAGUAUGCAUCCCUCUGGCGAUAUAUUCAGUGAGGAGAAUGAAAUCGAUGACGCUACCACACCAUUACGUACCGAUGAAUUCAAUGAAUAUAAACUCAAUUUGGCUAACACUUCCUCUGUAGAGCACGAAGGCGAAAGUCCAAUGGCCAUCGAUGAUGACCAUCCUCACUCUCCAUAUAGCCACAGCCUAGGCUCAGCCAACAUUAUCAGCAGCACGCCUGACGGCCAGUCCAAAAAUAGCUACAAUUUCUCGCAAAUGUCGCACAACAAUCAAACUCUGCUUAGUUCGGUACCAUCGACAUCGGCCGGUAUUGUCAGUGGUGGUUCUCACUCGCAUUCUCAUCAGCUACAUCAACCGGGUGCACAACUACGACAACCACGCUACAGUCAGUUUCCAACCGAAGAGACGGCAGCCAAUUACGUACUACCAGACUAUGAUCCUCGUACAGAAUUUAAUGGUAAGAAUGAACGACAAAGUGCCUUAAUCGGUGCUAGGAUGGAAACUGAUGAGCGCGGUUAUGAAAUGUACGAUCCAAGUCCGAAUUACCGUGAACAUGGACCGUAUGACGCAGCUGCAGACGAGGACGAUUUUGAUGGUUUACCAACGACUGGUCAUAGCUCCAGAAUCGGAAGCGGCGGCCAACAACUAUUACCACGAAAUAAGCCGCGACAUCGCAUGCCCACCAUAAUGCCAAUGUCUAGUUCAAUGCCCGAUGAAAUGACGGGUACACCUAUUGCUUCAUCGCUGCAUCCAUCUACGGCAUCGGCCGCUUCGUCAAAUGCCUCAUCAACUAAUACGACAACGGGACGCUAUUCGGGUCUGAAAGCCGUGGCCGACAAAAUGCGCUUUAAAAACAUUAAUCGGCGCAUCUUUAAUCACAAGCGCACGGGUAGUAAUGCUAGCCAUAGAAGCACGAGUUCUAAUCCGAACACCACCACGUCUUCGAGCAGCACUUCAAAUAUAGCAGCGGGAGGAAGCGUUGGUCGCGAAAAGAGUGUAAGCGGUCAGAAUUUGGGUACAAUUGAGAGUGGUGGCAGUGGUAGUGCUAGUAGCUAUGUAACUCCUCGCUUUUUCACUCCUUCCUCUGAUGUACUAAAUGCGAGCAGCAAUCCAAACUACCGUUUGUUAGAUGAAACUGCAAACACAUCGUGUCUUUCCGGGGCAGGUGACGCGAGCGAUUUCCCAGCAAGUGGUAACAGGAAUUACAAACGCCUUGACGAAUCAUUAAACGCCACAUUAACACCUGGCAAGCCCCUAGGUACGCCAUCUAGUAACAUUGCUUCGUUCACACCUCGACCGUUUGCAAAAUCUAUUGAUAACGCCCCCUAUACUCUGAUGGGUGCCGCGGGGUCAGAUUCUACACUGCGUACCACUGAUAAUCCCAACUACGUUGUAAUGAAUCAACCAUCAGCACUCACCCUACCGCCUUCAAAACUGUCGCAAACAACCACUACCAGUCCAAUUGCAUUUGCGCAAAGAAGUGACGAUGCCGCUUAUACAAUGAUGGGACCUACGCCACAUGAACCAAGCACUAAUAUAUCAUCGACAUCAUCGCUUGACGACGACCCCAAAGUGGUGGCUCAUGAUGAUGACGAUGAAGAUAAUGAUGAUGAAGAUGAUGAGCCGACUGAACAUAUAAGAAUGGAACUGCUCGGUGGUCAUCGACGUGGUAGCGAUAAAGCGCAACAACAUCGCAAGUCGCGUGGAAAACGAAGCCGCAGCCAAAGUCAAAACAAAUUGGAAGAAAAGACUACACAAAAAAUCGGAAACUCACCCGGAACAACUCCUACCAGCUGCUACACAACCCCCGCUGAAGGUGGCAGUAGCUAUGUAAGUUUAACACCCGCAACAACAACAGCGACUACAUCUCCGCCAGCUACGCAGUCUAAGCCUUCUACCACUUACUCACUCAAAGAGAAGUGGUUACGACAGCAAUCACAGCAGCCACAACAACCGCCACCAAAUGGUUUCAUCGGGCGUGAGACGUAGUAUCAGGAAGCGAAGGAAUAGCAUAGAACGAAAAAGACAAGGAAGCGCACACUGCCAAAAUAAAACAAAACGACGAAUCUUAAGAAAGUUCAUUAUGUAGGACAAGUGGCGAAUAUAUUGGCUCCAAAACAAAAUUUCAAAAUAUUAUAAAUUCUACGCGGUGGCAAUAAGUAUACACAUAUAUGUAAUUUGUUUGAUAGAUGUACAUACAAAGUAGAUGACACAUGCUGAGUGCAAAUUUUUGUUUUUUCCUACUGAUAUUUUUAAGACAAAAAAGUAAAUUAAAUUAAAUAAAUACUAUUCGAUAUGUAUGUAUGUGUAUAUACAUAUUUAUAUACGAUAUGCCAAGCAUCAUUUAGUAUAAUGAUGAAAUAACAAAUCAAAAUCGUUGAGACAUUCGCAGGCUUGCGUGAAUUGCAUGCAUGAGAAAGAGGUGCUUAAUUUAACACAGAAAAUUGUAAUUGAGUUUUAUACAAUAUGAUAACAAAAUGCAUAUGUGCUCGCUGAAAGGAAUGUGUAGAGUACAAAAUUAUUUAAAUUAUUGACGAAACAACAAUUAAAAGUAAGAAGCUUAUAAGUAGCUAGCAUCUGCAUAUAUGUACAGAAAGUAGCGAGCUUUAGUAAAAAGUGAAUGAAUGUUUGGUUGUAACAAUGUUAAAGAAAGAUAAGCAAUGUGUUAACAACUAAAGAGUUUUCCAACGCUACAAUGCAUUAACUUCAAGUUGAUUAUUUAAAGUAUGUAAAAUAAAAGCACUCAAGGUUGGAUAGAGAAUACAAAGCGCGCUAAUUUAAAUAAUACUGCACCUUAAACAUUAUCUCGUCAGCAGUGUAAUGACUAUAAUGUGAUGUCUAUAAUAUAAUGACUUGUUUAUGGCAAUUUCGUAACCAAAAUAAUACGAUGAAAUGGCAUUUCCUGCAAAUAGGACAUUUCUUAAAGUUUUCUGCAAAAAGAAGAUAUUUUUUUUACAGUUUUUGUAUUUUCGCAAAUGUUGUUAAAUCCACAAUCUUUUGUUGUAUGCACACAUAACGAGUUUUGUUUCACUGAAGAUUCCUAAUUUCGUUAAACUCGCCAAAAUAUUAAGUUUGAUGGCAGACAUCACAUUACAUACAAAUGCAUUGUAAAUUAAGUAGCGAGUGACUUGACAAAGAAUUGCAUGUUGUUACAACAACAUCAAAGAAUUACAUGUUGUUACAGCAAUUAUAACAAAAACAACAAAGAAUUGCAUGCAAGUUUCAUUUAGCAACCAUUUGAUUAAAACAAAUUUAAUUAUUUUAUAAAAAUUGUAUUUAGUCAAAAUUUAAUUUUUUACAAAUUAUUAUGCAUAUAACGUUUCACACUGUAGACUACGUGUAAUAGAAAUUAAUGUAAUGUACUUAUGAUGCUUUCGGCUUAAAAAAAAUUCAAAACAUAAAAAUCAAAAACAAAAAAAAAUAAAUUCAAUUAAAUUAAAAUAUAUACAUAAAUGUCCAUAAUUAUGGCGAUAUAUUAAAAAAAAAAUUUAAAUUAUUAGAAAAUUUAAUAAAUCAUGCUAGGAAAAGUACUAAUGCAAAUGAUUAACUACACGAAGAGUUUGAAAUUUUUAUAUACAUACAUUCGCAGUUUCAGUAAAUAAUUACGAAGAAAUUAUUAAAAAAAAAAAACAUUUUCAAAUUCAGAUAAUUAUAAAUGUAUGUGUUCAGCCAGGAAACAUUUAGCACACAAAUUUUUUUCUACUCAUACUAAACAAAUAUUUACAUAUAAAAGUUACAUUUGUUUAUGGAUAUUUAUUUAGGGCAAGCAGACAAGAUGUAUGCAAUUUCAUUACUACAUACAUACAAAUAUACAAAUUUUAAACAACAGUUAUUCACGGCCUACAGUUGUGUAGGGGAACACUCAUAAAAUACUAUUUUUGAAUGCAUUGAAAAAUUUGGUUAAAAUAUAUCUAAAUAUAACAUAUGAGAAUUAACUACAUACAUAUGUAUGUACAUAUACCAAAUGUAUUUUGAACUGGCAAUACACUGGAGAAACAUAACUAAAAAUGUACAAUGGCAUAACUUGUGAAAAAUGUUUUCCAAAUUAGAGAUAAUUUCAUGCUUCUACAGAAAUUUUUGAUUUUAUACACUGAUUUAUGCACGAAUAACGAUACAUGAUUCACACACCCACGAUAUAUAAAAAACUUUAUUUAUAAUUUUAUAAAUAAAAUAAACACAUAAAGUACAAAUUAAAAGUAAGCGCGACACGAAAUAAAAUAAGUAAAGUAACUGAGGGAUUUAUAUUGAAAUAAUUUCUCUUGGCAAAUCGUAAAUACAUAACGAUUUCAAUAAAAUAGCAUAAUUAAUAGUAAUAGGUUUAUAUUGUAAGUAUAUGUAUGUAUGUACAUAAGCAAAAGAAGACGUUAUAAUAAAUUAUGAACAAUAGUUUGUACAGUUGACCGUAAAAUUGAAAAACAUUAACGGAAAAAAUACUAAUUAAAUUUCAUUUUGUUUCAAAAUAAACAUUCAAUAACUAAAUAAGAUUGAUAAAGCUAAGAAAUUAAGAGUCGCAACAAGUCGCCAUUAAAUUUACAGCAAACGAAUUGGCGUUUGUGCAAGAGUUUUGAAUUUAUCUAUGUGCAACUUUUGAAAGUAAACAUAAUAAAAAUAUACAUUUUAUUUAAACAAAAGUUUCGCAUUCGCUUUAAUACAUUGUUCCACAGCACUUUUUACAAUUUUUACAGAAUCUGCAUAUAGGAAACGAACUCGUUUUUCGCCUAAUAAAUACUACUUAGAGCCUAGAAAAUACAUACAUACAUAAUGCAUAACGAAUAAUGAUUAUGCAGUACUGAUAGUUAAUGACGUGCAGAAUUUCUCACAUUUUACACUUGGUUUGUAUUAGUUUAAAUGAUAUUAUACUUAAUUGAGAUUUCGAAAAAAAAAUUAAAAUAAUUAUUCAUAAUUGAGAUUUCCAAACAAAUUUACUAAAGAUAACAUUAUUGCAUAUUUUCUUAACAGUUUUUUCAAACUAAAUGUUUUAAGUUGCUUAAUCUACUGAACUGAAUCGAUUUUGUUGCAUGUUUUAGGUUGUGUUAGCGAUGUACACACACUCCAAAAAUAAUUUAGAGCGCUAACAAUUUUUAAUUCUAUUUUUGAACAGUGCAUUUUCGUAAUAGCUCAAAAUAAUUCGAAAAAAAUCAAAAUUUCGCCUUUUUAUUCAAAUUUUAUAUUUAGAAAAAGUAUGUAAAUGAAAAUUGAAUAAGAUUCCAAGCAAGAUUGAAACAACAACUAAAAUAAAAUGACGUUUAGCGAAAUGAUGACCUUAAAACCAUUUAUACAACAAUAAAAAACAUACAACUUAUGCUUAUUUGGAAGGAUAUAUUCGUCAAAUAACACAUUCAGUUUAAUGAAAACUCAUAAAACACCUUUCUGCGCAUUUCAUAAAACAUUUGUAUGAAGAACAACAAAGAAUAACGCAGAAAUGCAAAGCAUAAAUAUGUAUGUAUGUGCGUAUAACCAAAGGUACUGCAAUAGUUCAUACAAUAUUUCUUAAUAUAUACUAUACAUGUACAUGUAUAUGUAUGUAUAUAUGUAUGUCCAAGACUGUAUAAUAUACAUACAUGCAAAUAAACUAUACGAAUUGCUAAUAUCUGACAAAGAUAUAAAAGUAUGCAGGAAUAAAAAGUAGGAAUCAUAAUAAAAGUCGUACUAAUUGAAUUUCAUAAUAAAGUUGGCAUUUCGAGGUUGGUCUAAAUAUUUGAGCUCGCAUGCAGCGUAAAUAAUCUAGUCGGUGACAGUGGAACUGCUGUUAUAAGUAUUGGUUUUUAAAGAUGGGCGGUGCAAAGGCUAUAGUUUCCAAUAUUAAGUUGCAAUUGCUCUAAAAAGUGUUUGUAUGUAGACGAUGUAUAAAAACAUAUACAAGGGUACUGUUAUAUAACUAUAUGACUGCAGUUGUAAUCAAGUUUUUGUUGUUGUGUUCCUGUGAAAUUAACUGUACCUACAAACUGAUUUUAAACACUCAAUAAACUACGGCCCACAAUUAACCCAUAAUGCUGGCUAUAGCCAUGAAAAGUACGUUUAGUGAAGCUUAGUUUUGUCAUAUGUACUAUAUAUACAGUAUGUGCAUGAAUAAAAAAGAAGCAAUAAAUAUAAUACUUUAAAUACUCUAAUAUAAAGCUUUGUUUAUUAGUCCAAAGCAUACAAAUAUACGCCAACAAGUUUUCAAGACCAUUUUUUUACUUUUCGAUUUUUUUAUUUGUCAAUUAUUUAUCCUAGCUGAACUCGCUAAUAUUUUAAGCAGUUCUGUAAAAAGUGUUUUUUCAUGCUUUGAGCUGUGCACACCAGCUAUUGCAAAUUCCAAGUGUUCAUUUAUCGCCAAUUUACAAAGGAUAAAACUGAAAAUAGUGUAAUUUGCUACCCAUUUACAUGUAUGUACAUAUGUAUAUAUAGUAAUUUAUAAUUAAGUAUACUGAAUAGGCACAGGCUGCACUUGAUAAAUGCACUUACACACACACACACACAUUAAAAGUAUAAAAUAAAAUAUUUGUAGUUUAGAAUUGGAAUGCUAAGAUGAAUAGCUUAAUUUAAAUAAAGUAAUGCAUUGUAAUUUUUACAAAAAAUAGUAAAUAGCUAAAGCAACAGUAACUGUAACAGUAAAAAAUGCAAAAAUCUAAAGCAUAAACAAUAAAACAAUAGACGUUUGAAAAGAAGCACCUAAAAGACUGAAAUAUAUACAUAGUUCCUUUGUUUUUAUUGUAUAAUGAGAAAAUUAAUUAUUCCAGCUUAGAAAACAGGAAGUGAUGACUACAUAAAAUAUAG